CGCCCGAGUUCCCCGCCGGUGCCGUGAGCUUGAUCUCGCGAGAUGAUGGGUCCUCCGAAGGUACAAACUUGCCCCUUCGCUAAGCGCCGAGGUUUUGCGGUCAAAUUCCGGAGUGCGGAAGUGGCUCUGUGGUGCCACCUCUAAACACCCAGAAGUCAACCCCCUUUGUCAACGGAACGCUAGGCCUCCGACCGCUAUGGAUGGGCAGCAAGGGCAACAAAGCCACGCGACGUUGGCACUCGCCCAAGCUCACUUCGAGAAGGGCGACUACGCCGAGGCCGAGGCGCUGUACUCCGCUUUCAUUCGCCAGUGCGCCUGUGCAGGCUCCGUGGGAUCGGCGCCCGGCAGCAAAUGCAGCCCUGAGGAUUUGGCUACUGCCUACAACAACAGGGGGCAAAUCAAAUACUUCAGGGUUGAUUUUUAUGAAGCCAUGGAGGACUACACAUCGGCCAUACAAGUCCAACCCACUUUCGAAGUUCCGUAUUACAACAGAGGGUUGAUACUGUAUAGGCUGGGAUACUUUGAUGAUGCUUUGGAAGAUUUCAAGAAGGUAUUAGACUUAAAUCCUGGAUUUCAAGAUGCUGCUUUGAGCUUAAAACAGACUAUUCUAGACAAAGAAGAAAAACAAAGAAGAAAUCAUUGAAAAAAUUUUUGCAAGUUUUAACUUACUUAAAAUAUUGACUCAUGACCCUUAUAA